AUGGCGCUCCAGAGCUGCCACCACCACGACGACUGCCGCGUAGCCCCUCCGUCUCUCCCGGACUGGGGCUGGGAGUGGGAGUGGGACUGGGAGGAGCUGGUGCGCUGCCAGCUCGGCGACGCCGCCCGGGACGGCAUUCAUGGCGCCCUCCCGGCCUUGCCCUCGUUAGGUGGCGGGGAGGAGGAGUCGCCGGUGUCGUCGUCGGAGGCGUCAAGCGGCGGAGGCGGAUACUUGGAGGACGCCGUCGCGCAGUGGGGCGACCGGAGCAAGCGGCAGAGGACGGCGGCGGCAGAGGGUCCGCCGCGGUGCCCGGCCAUGGCGAGCGAGGACCUGCAGUGCCUUCUUCAGAGCUUCUGGGAUCCCAGCAGCGGCGAGGGAGCCCUCCUCCAUGAUCUCAACACCAUGACCCCGGCCCCGGAGACCAGCGGCUUUCUCUCAGAGGAGGGCGCCGCAUCGGGCAGGGGGCAGCGGCAGGGUGGGGAGGGGGGCCGGAGCGCGGCAGCGGGGCAGGGCGGGGGCGGGGGAGAAGCGGCGGCAGGGCCCCCUCCGCCCUUCUCCGCCACGGCUGCUGCUCCCCGGCCACCGCUGCAAAAGGCAACUACAGGGAGCGGCAGCGGCAAUUACUGCGAGCCGGCGACCUCCUCGUCCUGCUCCUCGCUCGCAGGGAGGAGGAAGGAGGGGGUGCUGUACCCGUUCGCCGUGGUGAAGCCGCUGGUGCUAGACGGCGACACGCUGAAAGAUGUUAACCGGAGGAUCCUGAAGCGGCCGGCGAGGCCGGUCCGGCACCCCGUCGGCCAGUUCGCGUGCGGCCCCGUCGUGUCGUCCACUAACCGGCCGGGUCUGUCCGGGAAGGCGGUCGUCAGCCUCACCAAGAUCAGGACCGGAGGGAAGGGCACCAUCACCAUCAUCAGGACUAGAGGCUAG